AUGGACGAAUUAGCCAGGAAGACUCCGACCACUUUGCAUGAAUUCAAGGACAAAGCCGACGACUUUAUCAAUGUAGAAGAUACAUUGCGGGCACUAACAACACCCAUACGCUCUGAGAAGGAACGAUCAGAGGACCAUGUGAAGAAAGGAACUUUGAAGAGGGAUCGAGAUGGAAGCUCAAAAACAAAGAAAGGUCAAUAUGAGGAAAGGCGGGAGACGAGCAAAAGGGCAAACUACCCUCGAACAUAUGGUCACCGUACAGAGGAUUGUCGUGCAUUAAAGCAGACGAUUGAAGAGAUGCAAAAUAAUGGAGAACUUGAGAGGUGGAGGACCUACUUCGUCAGGGCGGAAAACUAUGCUUGGCAAGAUAGGUACAAGGAAGUUUUUAGCAUGGGAAGACCAGAGAAGCAACCCAAACUACAUUCACCCAUCACGAUAUCCUUUGGCGAGGAUGACUGCAAAGGAGUGCUUUACUCACAUGACGAUGCUUUGAUAGUCACCAUGUUAAUAGCCAACUAUACCACCCAAAGAAUCUUGAUAGACAAUGGGAGCUUAGCAGAUAUCUUAUUAUGGGAAUUGUACGAGAAGAUGGGAAUUGGGCCAGGUCGGCUACGCCCAGCCCCUAUGACGUUAAAAGGUUUCUUUGUUAAGACAGUUCAACCUGUGGGAUCCAUCGCCUUACCAGUCAUAGUGGGAUCCAGCCUGAGCACAACCACCACAAUGAUAGACUUUCUUGUAGUAAGAACUCGGUCAGCUUACAACACCAUAAUUGGUCACCCGACUCUGAAUGCGAUCAAGGCGAUAACAUCCACCUAUCAUCUAAAAGUGAAAUUCCCCACAAAAGCGAGCAUUGGUGAAGUAUGUGGUGAGUAG